UCUAUAUUCACACUGCAAUAAUCCAACUGUCAGCAGAAGAAGCCCUUCACUAAGCCAAAAGAAAAUGGCGGUCUUCUCUAUGAUGCUUUGGCAAGACCUACAAAGCUUUGAUUGUUUAGGUGUAUAAAGAAGACAACCCAUUUGCCCAAAAGGAGAAUAAAUUAGCAUGUGAGCUGACGUUUCUGAAGAAAUUGGCUUCGCUUGCCUUUAUAGCCCUCUUUCCCAUUGUCAAUUUCCAGAUAUUUACUACAGUUGUCUUCUUCUCUUCAUUUAAUGAGAUAUCAGUGAUGCCUCAUCAGAAUCAGGGACAAAAUGGGCAGCAGGGUGUGUGGAUGUACCAAUGCAUCCAUUGUAAAAAAAACUUCCCUUCAAGCCAGGCCAUAGCAGGCCAUACAAAGGGUCAUUUCAGAGAUGGCUGGGUUAAAGGAACCCCCCAGAGCAAAGUAUUUGUACUAUUUUCUGAGUAUCAGCAGCAGCAGGGUUCUAUUACUGACUCUUCAAUUCCCGAGAAACAUGUUUUUUCUGCAGCAACAUCUGACACUCACUUAACAGAUGCUCAUCGAUUGCCAAUAGGUGAUGUGCAGAAUUCCAGAAGCCUGGUCGUACGGCCUCCAUCUCCAGCUUCAGCUUCGUCUAGCAGACAACCACGAAUCCCUAGGCAUCAUUUGAGGCUUCGUGAUCUGAAGAUACUAGCUAGGCUAAGGGCUCGUCUUACCAGAGAGGAGCAAGAAGUCAUUUUGCGUCUUCUUGAUAGUGCUAUGGAACAGGCAAAACAAUCAAGAAAGAAGAGCACUGAGGCGGAGGUGAUCCCAAAUAGAAACUCAGAAGCAGCAGCUGCGAUUGGAACUACUGACACAGAUACCGAUGUCUCUUCUGAGGAAUCGGAUGAUGAGUCCAAAACUAUGUGAUCAUAUGGUUAAAGCAUAUAUGCAAUAGUUUCUGGGCUAUUUCUUAUUAGUUAUGGUUCUGAAGACCGUUCGAAUUAUUAGUGAAGUGUUCUAUUAGAUAUAUGAACAGUAUAAUGUUGUUGCUUUUUUAGAUCAUCUAAGAGUAGAGUUGAACAAGGUUCUUCCCUUUGUCCCCUCUGUUGAAUUAAUGUAUAUGUGACUGCUACUGAGGCAUUGUCUGUGACUGUGUGAGGCCUUGGUUGCUUUAUUAAUUGAAGAUAUAUGUAUGUUUUGCUAUUCUGAAGGAAGCCAAUUGUUACACUU